AUGUUUCGAGAUGUGGGCAAUCACCAAACGAAAGAGCACCAGGGACCAGGUAACUUGUCCUAUGUGUGCCGCACCCCAUGGCAGGGCGACGAUGAUACAGUCAAGAAGACCAAGAAUAAGGGCAUCAUCGGCUCCGAUGGCUACGUAAACGUCGCUGAUCAGCUUGGAAUCAGCCGCAGAAGAGUACCUACUAUGAUGGACCGCAUCGAGGUAUAG